GUUUCGUUACUAUUCACCAUGUUAACUUCGGUAAAAAUCGCUUUCACACCUCAACAGGACGAUCUUCAAACAGGCUAUACUCCACGUGGAGCUCGCUCGGUACAGGAGCUAGCUGUGUACAACGAGUACUUUUCGUCGCAAGGUCAACCGAUUACGAUCUACGGCUUCGUGAUGGCGAAAGACGAUGGUUCCAUGUCCCGUUUAGCUUACAUGGAUGAAGCCGUGAAAACGUUGAACUUUGUCACAGCCAAUAUCAAACACAAUGGACAAUCCUUUUCCACAAUAUGCUCAGACUUCUGCGAUAUGAACGAGCCUAUAAGACACUUUUACAACGGUUUGGUGAUGAAAGUUAACUCAUCUGGAAUCGAUGAACGGAUUUCGAUAACAUUUCCAGUCAUGGAAGUAAUCGGCAAGGAAAUUGAUCUUAGUCCGAAUUUCUACGGAGUAAAGACCAACAGCAGCGACCGAACAGUGCAAUUUCUGAAGUUGGUACUCUUUCAAUUUCGAGCAAAUCCACCGAAGAACUGGAAUCGAUGCGACGUACAAGCCUACGAGAGGCGAGUCGUCAGUUAUUUCAAUAGCGAGAUGAAGUCAAACUUACUGAAAAUCUACGGCUUGUCACUCACCUACGCCUCUGAUGAGAUAGUCAGGACCGGUAAGGGAAUUGAAACACAUGUAAAGCGAAAAAUACUGGAAGCAGCCACGACACGCUGUAUUGCUGCGCAUUUUGCUUAG